CAAUCGUUUUAAACAAUACCGCUACAUCCCCAAAUUUAUGUCCACCCAAGUCUUUACAUUCCGAAACCCAAAACUCAAACGGAGACCUCUCUCUUAGCAAUCUCUCGCUCGCGAACGUCUGUCGCAGUCCGGCGUUUCUCCCUCUCCGACGUUUCAAGCUUGAAAGAGCAACAAUGGACAUUGAUUCAAACAAUCCUUCAUUAAAUGAGAGUGAAGAAGUUGAAGAACCUCAGAAGGGAAUGUGUUUUAGCUCAAAGCAAGAAGUGUACGAUUUUUAUGCAAAAUAUGCGAAACACGUUGGAUUUGCUAUAGCUUAUAGAACACAAAAUGUUGGAGAUGAUGGGGAAGUAAAAUACUUUGGAAUUGAAUGUACUCGGACGAGAAAGAGAACAAAAAAAUCAGAAGUAAACUCCUUAAAGCCAUCUUUGUCAACAAAAAUUGAUUGCAAAGCAAGGGUACGAGCAAGUUUACGAAAGGAUGGAAGAUAUAUGUUAACAACAGUUAUGCUUGAGCAUACCCAUGACUUGACUCCAACUGACUCACGACAUUUUGCAAUGAAUAAGAGAUUUCUUACUCUUGCGAAGAGAAGACUAGAAAUUAACGAUGAAGUAGGGAUUGGAGUGGCUGAGAAUUUGCAUUCUAUAGUUGUUGAAGCAGGGGGAUAUGAGGCAUUAACAUUUGAUGAGCGAGAUGCAAGGAAUCACAUUGAGAGUGCUAGAAAAUUAAGGCUUGGGGUAGGAGAUGGCGAAUCACUUCGAGAUUAUUUUCAGAGGAUGCAACAACAAAAUUCGAACUUCUAUUAUGUGAUUGACUUUGAUGAAGAUUGUCGCAUUCGAAACUUGUUUUGGGCGGAUGCAAGGAGUAGGGCGACUUAUGAAGCAUUUGGGGAUGUUGUUUCAUUCGAUACAACCUAUCUCACGAACAAAUAUGACAUGCCGUUUGCUCCGUUUAUAGGAGUUAAUCACCAUGGACAAUUAAUUUUGCUUGGUUGUGGGUUGUUAUGUAAUGAGAGCACUGAAACAUUUGUUUGGCUAUUUAGAUCAUGGUUAAGUUGUAUGUCAGACGCUCCUCCAAAAGCUAUAAUAACUGACCAGUGCAAAGCUAUGCAAAAUGCCAUAGAGAUUGUCUUUCCAAAGGCUCAACAUCGAUGGUGCUUAUGGCAUAUAAUGAAGAAAAUUCCGGAGAAAUUGAGAGGAUAUUCCCAAUAUGAACACAUAAAGUUAGCUUUGGAAAAUGCAGUUUAUGACUCUUUUACAAAAGCUGAAUUUGAUAAAGAAUGGCAAGCGAUGAUUUCAAAGUUCAAUCUUUAUGAUAAUGAGUGGUUGGGGGCAUUAUAUGGUGAGCGACAUCGGUGGGUUCCUGUCUAUGUUAAAGACAUUUUUUGGGCUGGCAUGUCAAUUGCACAACGAAGUGAGAGUAUGAGUGCAUUUUUUGAUGGAUAUGUGAACUCAAAGACUACUUUAAAGCAAUUUGUUGAGCUGUAUGACAAUGCUUUGAGAAGUAAGGUAGAGAAAGAGAAGAAAGCUGACUUUAAAUCUCGACACAAAUUGUAUGAUUGCCUCACGAUAUAUGGUUUCGAGAAACAAUUUCGGGCAACCUACACUAAUGCAAAAUUUAAAGAAUUUCAAGGAGAAUUGAAGCGACUAAUUUACUGUAAUCCCCUUCUUGUCAAAGAGGAGGGAUCAAUUUCUACGUAUCAUGUCAAGGAAUUUGUUGUAGUUGAUGAGAAGUUGAAGCCCAUGGAGUUUGUUGUCUAUUAUAAUUCAACUGAAUGUGAGGUCCAAUGUAUGUGUCGGUUGUUUGAGUUUAGGGGCAUUAUGUGUGGCCACUCACUUUGUGUGCUUAUUGCAAGGUGCAUAAAUGAGGUUCCAGAUAAAUACAUUAUGCCAAGAUGGAGAAAGGAUUUGGAAAGAGGGUACACAUUUGUUAGAACCACAUACACUAACUUUGGGGUUGGUUUCAAUGCAAAGUUUCAUGAUAAGAUGCAGAAGUUAUUGAAUGAAAUUGUAGAACUUGCUUCCAACGAUGAAGGUAAACAGAAAAUUAUUGAACUUGGGUUGGCGGAAAUAAAGGCUAGAGUGAGAAAAGAUGAAUCAGGUUGUGGGAGUAAUGUAUCACAUUCUACUAGUAAUGUACCACCUUUUGAUACUUCCCCAAAAAGUCCGAUUGGCGGUUGUACUACAAAAACAAGCAUGUCUAGCUAGGUGCUUAGUUCUUUGGUUGCUUGCCAAAGAGGUUGUCCAUGUACCAAAUGAAAGGUUAGCAAAGUGGAUCAAAUAGUGAAUCGGUUGAAGGCAAAGAAUAAAAAGCAUACAAAAGCAGAGCUGAAGUAUAUUCAAGCUCUGAUUGAGAAAGCAAAAAAUUGUGAGUGAGAACAUGAGGUAAUAUAUGAGAGAAAACUUGCUAAAGAGAGAAGCAAAGAUGACCGCCUCUUUGCAGACAAGGGCAAGUUUGUCACUAGUGCUUACAAAAAGAAACUUGCAGAUCAUGCUCAGUGGAUGGAGGAAGAAUGUCAGUGUCAACUUCAAGAAGAGAGAGGAUGUAUGUAUAGCUUUUUGUUUGGUCUUUCUGUGAUCUAACUUGCAGUUAUUUUGCUGAUUAACACGAAACAUGAUCUUUUGCAUGUUUUCAUACCUGGUUGAGUAUGUUAUCCUGUGGUAAAUUUAAUUUUGUUUAGAUCUGUUUAUGUACGGAUUGGUUAUCUAGUA